UGAGAGCUGCUGGACCAAUAGGCAGAGCUGGGACUCCACUGGCCAGGAGAUGAUAGGAGCUCUGUGAUUGGUCAGUGUGCUGGGGAUGCUGAGCAUGGCUCCCAUCGCUCGGUGCUGAGCUCCAGGACACCAUGGCUCUCUCCACCAUCCAGAAGGUGGCCCUGUUCUCCGGCUUGGUCCUCUGCGUGUCUCUGCUGCUUCCCAAAACCUUCCUGAGCCGAGGGAAGCAAACCGCCCAGCAGGAGGGAGGUUCCGGUCGGUUCCCGUCAUCCGCCCCUCAUGGCAAGUCAUCGGACGCCAGAAGUCCCGGCAAUUUGUUCCCGAGGUCCCACCUGUCGGAGGCCGUGUCCAAGUCCAAGACCGGAGGAGGGGGCGGAGGGAGCGGCGGGAGACAAAGCCUGGUGGGGCAGAUUAUUCCCAUCUAUGGAUUCGGGAUCCUGCUCUACAUCCUGUACAUCCUCUUCAAGCUCUCCUCCAAAGGGAAAAGCCCAAAUCCUGAGCCGAAAAUUGCGCCGAUCGGCAAUGGGAACCUCAAGAGAAAGAUCACCGACUACGAGCUCAGCCAACUGCAAGAUAAACUGCGCGAGACGGAGGACGCCAUGGAAAAAAUUAUCUCCCGCCUCGGACCCGACAGCGAGCGGGGGGAAAAUGUCACCACAGAUGAGGAGCAGCAGCUACUGAAGAGGCUGAAGGAGAUCACCCGAGUGAUGAAGGAGGGGAAGAUUCUGGAAGGGGUAUCUCCGGAGCAGGAGGCCGAGGAGGCCCCAUACAUGGAGGACUGGGAAGGUUAUCCAGAAGAGACCUAUCCCGUCUACGACCCCUCCCAGCGCCGGCGGAAGCGCGAUACCAUCCUGAUCGAUCGCUCCGUCCUGACGCAGCCCUCGGCGGAGGAGAUCGCAGAGCAGAUGGAAUUCAGAGAAGAAGAGAGUCCGUUAUGCGCAGGCAACUUGCCGAAGGUCGGAGAUAGCGGACAAGUCCAAUGUGCACCACGUGACCCCCCCAUCUACAAAUCAGCGCCGCGCUCGGAGGACAACGCGGAGGCGUGGAGCGACAGCGAAGACGAAGAAGACCCGGAGGUCAUCGCAGAAAACGCCGGCUUCGUAGCAGCCAGUGACAGCGAAGGGGAUCCGUUGGGAGAGGAUUCCAUGGCGGACUCCGCCGCAGAUGGCCGUUCGCCGGCCGCGCUCAACGGUCACGUGUGCGACGACGUGGGAACUCUGCGAAAACGGGGCAAGAAGGGAUCUGAGUAUUAAAUGGGCUCCUAAUCCGAAAAUAGAUCGAGCUCCGUCACCCGAUGUGCUUCGAUGUGAACCGAGCGCGCCAUUGUGGGUGAAGAACCGAUGGGAAUAUGGCGAGCGCCGAGUGACAAACGAUCGAAAAAAGAGACAAAUAUAUCUUAAGAAUGACCACAGAAAUAUAAAACCACCACCGAGCUCACCUACGUAUCCCUAUAACCAGCAGGACAGCCAGUGAAAUCACCAAUAUGACGUCUGACGCCAACUGAAAUCAGGCUCGCGAUGGGAUUGGCCGGUGAGCACAAGAGAUGAGAUAUUUAAAUUAACUCAGGGUGGGUUGUACCUGUAAAUCUUGGGAACUGUGGGCGGCACCAGAUGUGGCUCACCUUGCGAUACAAACUCUGCUGACGUCUUACAGUACGAAACGUACAGAACGUCUUACAGUACGAAACAUUCAAGGGCGAGCCGACGUCAGUAACAUUCCUUCCAGGACACCGGAAGACUUACAUUGUGUAUUAUAGACGUAGAGUCCCGGCUUGUUCUACUGGGGUGCAAAUGACCCCCAGAAGGGGCAACUCCAUUAUAAGGGGCUGUCCUGCUUUACCUACUAGGGACUUGCCCUGGAGCUGUGCCCACCGACCCUCCAGAGCCAACAAUCCGACUUCGAGAACUUGAAUCUUCUUCUGUAAAAUGUAUCAACUUAAUGUCUUAAAUAGAGAGAGGGUGGGGCUACAGGACACCCAAACACAGCCGAAAAUGGCCCCUCCACUUAGUAGUAUCUUCUGGUAUCUUUUGCCUUUGCCAUUGGCUAAUAUGGACUCCGCAAGCCAGAUGGGCGGCUACAUUUAAGUGUCUUCAACCUCCAUCACAGGACUCUUCAGACCCCCCCCCCCCCCCCCUCACUGGCCUUUAAUUGCAGAUGAAAAGGAGGCAAAGACUGGACCUAUCUGCAGAUACCCUCCAAACAAAGCCGUCUAGAUCAGGGGUCUCCAAACUGCUGCUUGAGGGCCGAAUGAGGCCCCUUGCUAGCCCUUUAUCCAGGCCCUUGGGGCAAUAUUCCUCCCACCGACACCUACAACGGGUCACCAUUUCUUCCACUAAUACCAAUGAUGGAGCACUACUCCUCCUCCUCCUCCUACUGACCACCAACCCCGAGGCCAUUAUUAUUCUCACUGAUGCUGGGCCCCGGAACAUUUUCAACCCACAAUCCGGCCCCCUUAAAGUCUGAAGGACAGUAAACUGACCCUUUGUUUGGAAAGUUUGGAGACCCCCAGCUCUAGAACAUAUGUUCUCAACCAUUAAGCCUUGGCCUGAGGCCUAGAUG